GGGGGGGAUCCGGGGGCGACGCCUCUGGGCGGCCCGACCCGUCCCCGCCUGUCCCGGCUGAUGCAACCGGCCGUGGCACACUGGACCCUGGCCCCCCCGCCAUGCAGAAGGCUCAGCCGGUGCUGGGGGGGGAUGCUGGGCCCCUCCAGGAGGAGGUGCCCCCCCGCCCCGCCUGGACCAGUAAAGCCCAGUACAUACUGGCCCAGCUGGGCUUCUCCGUGGGCCUGGGCAACGUCUGGCGCUUCCCCUACCUCUGCCACCAGAACGGGGGCGGUGCCUUCCUCCUGCUCUACCUGCUGCUCCUCUUCCUCCUGGGCAUCCCCCUGCUCUUCCUGGAGCUGGCGGCUGGGCAGUGCCUGCGCCAGGGCAGCGUCGGCGUCUGGAGGAGCAUCAGUCCCCGCCUGGCCGGCAUUGGGCUGGCCAGCUGCCUGGUGUGCAUGUUUGUGGCGCUGUACUACAACGUCAUCAUUGCCUGGAGCCUCCUCUACCUCGCCCGCUCCUUCCAGCACCCCCUGCCCUGGCAGAGCUGCCCCAGCGCUGGCCCCAAUCGCACAGAGCCUGAGUGCGCCCUGAGCUCGCCUACCACCUACUUCUGGUACCGGCAGACACUGGACGUCACCCCUGAGAUGGGGGUCGGGGGGGGACUGCAGCCGGCCCUGGUGGGGGGGCUCCUGGGGGCCUGGGCGCUGGUGGGGGCCUCCCUGCUCAAGGGCAUCAAGUCCUCGGGAAAGGUGCUGUAUGUCAGCACCCUCUUCCCCUACCUCGUCCUCUUCUGCCUCCUGGUCCGGGGGCUGCUGCUCGAGGGGGCCCCCGAGGGCGUCCGCAUCAUGUUCACCCCCAAGGUGUCAGUGUGGGGGACAGGCCAGGCCUGGCGGCAGGCAGCCACGCAGGUCUUCUUCGCGCUGGGGCUGGGCUUCGGCAGUGUCAUCGCCUAUGCCAGCUACGGCGCGCGCCGCAGCGACUGCCACCGCGACGCCGUGCUGGUGGCUGGCCUCAACGCCCUCACCUCCCUCCUGGCCACCCUCGUUGUCUUCGCUGUCCUGGGUGCCCGCGCCACCCGCCGCACGCAGCACUGCCUCCGCAGGAACGCAGAGCUGGUGUCGCGAGCGCUGGCGGUAGGGGGGCUGCCCGAGACCGCCCGCCCCCCUGGGAACCUCACGGCCCUGCCAGCCCCCCAGUACAGCGCCUGGCUGCAGGGGCUGCCCCCAGCCCUGCGGGAUGCCCUGGGUGUCACCGACUGCCGCCUGGAGGAGGAGAUGAACAAGGGAGUGGAGGGCCCGGGCCUGGCCUUCAUCGUCUUCACAGAGACGCUGACGCUACUGCCGGCGGCGCCACUCUGGUCGACCCUCUUCUUCCUCACGCUGCUGGGGCUGGGGCUGGGCACCAUGUUGGGCACCGCCCAGGCUGUCCUCACACCUCUGCUUGAUGCCUUCCCUGUCCUGCGCCGCCGCCGUGCUCUGCUCACUGUGCUCUGCUGCGCCGGGGGCUUCGUGCUGGGGCUGCCCUUUGCCCAGCGCUCUGGCAGCUACUUGGUGGCCGCCUUCGAUGACUACGUGGCCACACUGCCGCUGCUGGCUGUGGCCGCCUGCGAGGCCGUGGCUGUGGCCUGGGUCUACGGGGCUGAGAGGUUCCUGGCUGCUGUGUGGGAGGUGACGGGCCACCGGCCGUGGCAGGUCUACGGGCCCCUGUGGCGCUUUGGCAGCCCCGGGGCCAUGGUGGCCUUGCUGGGGGCCAGCCUGGGCCAGCUGGCCCUGCACCCCCCCACCUACCAGGCUUGGGACCGUGCCACGGCAACGUCGUGGCGGCGGCCUUACCCCCCCUGGGCCCUGGCCCUCACCCUGGGGCUGAUGGUGGUGGCCGUGCUGCCCAUCCCCCUCGUCGCCCUGCGCCGGAUGCUCGGGCCACCCCGGGACCCCCCAGGGCCACGGGACCAGGGGGAGGAAAGGGGCGAGGAGGAGGAGGAGGAGGAGGAGGAGGAAGAGGAGGAGGAAAGCGUGGCCGACCCGGCCCCCCCCGCCGCCCCCCGCGCCCCCCCGGACCCUACCUCGCUGCCCGGACGAGCGGGAAGGCGCCCCAUUGGAGGACGGCGAGGAGCUCAGCUUCCCGAUUGGCCACGCUGCCUGAGGCGGGAGAGGCGCCCAUUGGCGGUGCGGGGGGGGAGGAGCCGCGGAGGGGCGCUUCCCGCUCCGCCCCGCGUUGCCAUGGGGACACUCGGCGACCACGUUGAAGCGGGUCAAUAAAGGGCCUGGAGGAGG